UUUGCUGUGAAGAGAGAAUGAAGUCUAAAGGCUUUCUUUUUGGGUGUCUUCUUCUUGUAUCUGCUCUGGCCGUUUCAUGGGCUGUAGAAUCCCGCACACAGCCUAUCCAACACGACCAACAAGUGGCCCAUGACGUAGAAGAGGCUAAACAUAGAAGUGGCAGCGGGGGCGGCGGCAGUUACGGAGGAGGCGGCGGAGGAUCUAGCGGUGGUGGGUCUGGAGGAGGUGGGUCAGGCGGCGGUGGCUAUGGUGGCGGUGGCCAUGGCGGAGGCGGUCAAGGAGGAGGUCAUGGUGGAGGAUCUGGCGGAGGCGGUCAAGGAGGAGGUCAUGGUGGUGGAGGAUCUGGCGGAGGCGGUCAAGGAGGAGGUCAUGGCGGUGGAGGAUCUGGCGGAGGCGGUCAAGGAGGAGGUCAUGGUGGUGGAGGAUCUGGCGGAGGCGGUCAGGGCGGUGGAGGGUCUGGUGGAGGCGGUCAGGGAGGAGGUCACGGGGGUGGAGGGUCUGGUGGAGGUGGUCAAGGAGGCGGACAUGGGGGAGGUGGACAAGGAGGAGGGGGGGGAUAUGGCGGAGGAGGAGGAGGGUACAAGAAGCCAAGCAAGGAUUGAAGUGGAGAACACCAAGGAGAAAGAGGUGUU